CGGUGUCGCUCUUUGCGAUAAACAUACCAGUAAACCGAACAGGGUUCUUCGUAUCGAUGAUGAUCAUUCACAAUCUGUCAAUACCAGCGCUGAGUCCGCAUGUCUGGUCGACCACGGUAUAAAGCUUGGGCUGUUGUUCGUGUUUUGCUCUUGCAACGCAAUCACUCCGAAUCGCUAUGACCUAUCUCACAAACGGUCUUGCUAACUCUCACCUUUUUCAGCAGAGGCCGUACACGGUAUCCCAAUCGAAGCGGGUCCUUUUGGCUUAUGAACGGGCUAAAGCAAUAUCUGUAAUAUAUGGUUUGACGGCGGAAGAUGUCUUAACUACGAGUGUCAAAUUCUGGGAAAUGCAUACAGAUCCGAUUAUGUGCAUGGAUUCUGCGGCAGCUAUAUUACUUACUAUCCAGUAUAAUCUUUGUGCGGGAACAUUGUCUAUGUUUUCCGCAGGUAGACCGGACAUAUCGAGGGUCCUUCAAGAUGUUUUAUCUUUCACAGUCUCUGGUCAGUUUUGCCUCACCGAAGUAGGGCAUGGACUGGAUGCAGUUCACAUCGAAACUACAGCCAUCUCGCUACCCAGUGGUGGGUACGAAUUACAUACCCCCAAUGCAGGUGCAGCGAAGCACAUGCCCCCUACUGUCCCAGCGGGUUUGCCUUGUGUUGCGGUUGUCUUUGCCCAGACGAUUAUCAAUGGCGAAAGUAGAGGUGUGAAACCUUUCCUGGUCCCCAUCAACGAUGGAUACAACAUGAUGCCUGGUAUUUCUUGCAAGACCCUUCCUUGCCGCAACGGAAACCGACCUAUAAAUCAUGCGCUGACCUACUUCAAUCGUGUUCACCUUCCUCAAAGUGCUUUGCUAGGAAGCGAGGCUAAACCAGCCAACUUCCGGGAGGCAUUUUUCCAUGGAAUUUCCCGUGUUGCGAGUGGUACCCUUGCUAUGAGUGCAUUUGCUAUCCCUGUCAUACAGAUUUCGUCGUCCAUCGCAGCUCGAUAUAGCCUUCGCAGAACCGUGUUUGAUGCAGUUUCCGGAAAGGUGAAGCCUGUUAUCGCCUUCCGGACCCAACAAGUUCCGAUUUUGACUGCGUUAGCACAAUCGUUUGUGCUAAAAGCGUUACUUUCGGUUGUAGUCCCAAACUUUGUCAAUGACGAGUUAGACUUCAGAUCUCGUCACGCUUUAGCCACGAUAUCGAAGGUCGUUUCCAUUCAGCACAUACAAAGCGCUCAACUGACGCUCGCAGACCGAUGCGGAGCCCAAGGUCUCUUUGAUCAUAAUCAAAUCAUAGAAUUGCAUACUGCUAUGCGAGGAGCCGCUAUUGCUGAAGGCGAUAUAUUAGGAAUUUCUAUCCGCUUGGCCAGCGAGCUACUUCUUGGUCGGUACGAUAUACCUGAAUCAUCCCAGCCCGAUAGUCUUCUUGCUCGACAUGAAGCUGGGCUAUUUGAAGAAAUUCGGGGCUUGUUGAUCGGCAUGACUCACCAUCGUGCAGAGCAAUUCAACAAUCUCAUCCUUCCGCAGUGUGUUCCUCUAGUGGAAGCCAUUGGUCACAGAAUGGCUUUUGAUGCUGCUGUUGAGCGAGGAGUUCCUUCUUACAUAACUGAUCUCUACGCUGCAAGUGUCGUCAAAAUGGACCCCUCUUGGUAUGUGGAGCAUGCAGAGUUGUCACGGCAGGAGCAGAGAGCGAUGGAGGACUCUGCGGUUCAAGCUGCAUACCCUCAUUUGCAGGAGAUGGUGGAUCAAAUUGGCGUUGAUACAUUUAUCACUGCGCCAAUCGUCUCCGAUCAACGCUGGAACGAGUUUGUUGACAGCUUGGAUACAAUUGGCGACGCUCAAUUUGACAAGCCAGCUUUUAGUCACGAUUCUCCAAGUUUAGCAGAUGGAAGAAGGCCAGCAGCACGGUUGUAGGGUGAUACCAUGCUGUUUCUUAAUGCGAUACCUCUUUCCCCUCAUACUAGUGGAAUUUACC